AUGAGUGAAAGCCAUUAUAAGUCAAUUGAGUCAAUUCAAAAAGAAAUGAAACUAAUUAUCAAAGAAUUAAAUGAACAUAACUCAGAUGUAAAGGAAGUAGUUCAAAUGUCUAUAUACUCAAAAAUGAUAAAAACACAACAAGAGUAUAAUGAAUAUGAAAAAGCAAUAAAAGAAUUAGAAGAAAUGAUUGAAGAAAAAGAAAACCUAUUAAAUAUUCACAAAAAUUCCAUAAAAAUACUUACAGACAUACUUUUACAAUAUCAAAAUGAAAUUAACUAUUUAGAACAAAAAGAAAAUGAUGAAAAAGAGUAUUAUAACACAUUUAUUGAUAAACUUAUUGAAAUAGAAGAAACUAAAAAGAAUAAUGAAAUAAACACCAUUGAACAAAAAUAUUCUAAUAUAAAAAAUGAAUUUGAAUUAAAGAAAAAACAAAUUAGUAAUAGUCAUAUUACAAUCGAACAAGAAGAAUAUGAAAAAGAAAAUGUCAAUGAAAGAAAAAAUAUUGAAAUAAACGAAAAAGAAAUUACACAACCAAUUGAAAUAUCUAAUACAAUAAAUACAAAUUCAAUUCCAAAAGAUAUAAACGAAUUAAAUGAAAUUGAAGAGGAGUAUGACAUGUAUGAUGAAACAAAAUUCACAGGAUCAGUUACUACAAUUGUUCCUCCUCAAUUUGCUCAAUCAAUCUGUAAAGUAGUUGAACCACCACACACUAUAAAUAAAUUACCAAUUAAAACAAUAGUUCCAAUAGAUAAACAAAAUAUAAAACAACCAAUUAAUCAACAAGAAAAAAGUAUUCACAUAAAUCCACAACAUGUCAACCAAACAGAAGAACAAUUUGAAGGAAUUAAUUAUAUUGAAACUUGGUGUGGAUUAAAAAACCAUUUGAUUUUAUUUGAUAGUUCAUUACCAAAUGGAAAUUCAAAUGAAACUUUUGCUUCGUCAGUACUAAAUCAUUCAAAUAUUGUAGUAUUAGUAUUUGACUCAAUAGGAAAUAUCUUUGGAGGAUAUAUGAAUAAACCAAUCCAAAAAACUGAUUCAUUAAUUAUUGACUCCAACCAUUUUCUGUUUAGUCUUAAAAAGAAAAACCAACUUCAACCAUUACAAAUUCUACCUAAAAAAGAUAAAUUAGUUGGUCUGUAUGUUCAUUCAACAAAUAAAAAUGAAUUAUGUUAUUUUGGUGAUGAAGACAAUGGAUGGCUAUCAAUCCAAAAAACAACAAUCCCAAAAAGUGUUUGUUGUUCUUUAAAUAUGGUCUAUGAAGUUGAUAAUUCAAUGAUUAAUGGAAGUGAUGGAGAAGGAUUUUUAAUCGACAGAAUCGUUGUUUUAGAAAUGAAAUAA